CUACGGGGUGGCCCAUUUGUUGACGUAAUGAGGCGCGCGCAACAUUAACACUGGCGGCAGGGUAACAGGUGAAACGUAACAAUGGCGGCCACGGAGAUAGCGAGACAAGUCCGGGAGGGAUGGGGGACCGGGGAGGCAGAUCCCAGGCCGGACUCGAGGAGCGAGCAGUACCUUACCGAGUUUGGAGGCGAUUCUUUGACGAAAGGUUUCGGCAGGGACCUGCUGCAGUUCUACGGCAAGGCCAACGCGGAGGACAAGCGGCGGUGCUUGGAUCUUCUGGCCUCCCUGACCAUCGGGGAGGAGCUGACCCAGCAGGCGGCAGCCAAGAAGCCAACACGGCCUAAAGGGGCCAAGCUACAGAGGCCCAAGACGGCUAUGGCAUCUUUAGGUCGUAGCGGCGCUCGUCAGGUCAAGCGAACUAUGACGUCAUACCGGAGAGAUUUCCCAGGGGUCAUUGCGCCAUCUGCACCGCAAGCAAGACCAAGUUCUACAGAUGGUCUAUACAAGGCUUCGUACGAGCUGGAUGGGCCCAUAGGAACGCCAACUUACAACAAAGAGUUCUACAAUAAAGGGUACUGCAGGCCCGACCUUAUACGAUCAGGCACGUCAUCGGGGGACAGGCGCAAUAAUCCACACCCAUUCGAGUCUUUCAUGGUUUGGCGGUUUCCCAAGCACGUGCCCAAGGACCAACAGAUCUACCCGGGGGAGAUCACUGAUCAGAUGAUGGAGGAAAUACUACGGGACAAGUGCAAGUCAACAUACCAAAACGACUUCUUGGGCGUUCCCCAAGGUUAUCACAUGAAGUCAGCAUUUGAGAAUUACGUGGACUGGCGAGAGAAGGUGCCGUACAGUCUCGGCUCUUCCAUGCGCUUCUCGUAUCAGUAUCCCAAGCAGCAGGAUCCCCUCCGGGGAAACAACAGCCGAUACGGGUGCAAUAAGGACAAGCAUUUGAAGGCGUCUGGCAUUGUUCCACUGUCUUCGACCCACCAGAAGCAUCUGAGGCGCCAUACGACGUACGAUCGCUUCUUCAACAAGCCGUUCCGUCCCGGCAUGGUGGAGGUGUCGAAGGCAAUGGAAGCCGGAAAACUGGACGAGUAUCUACAAAUGGCAUCUGAAAAAGAACGUGAUGUCCUAAUGAAAAUGCUGGACUCCAUGGCCAAAAGUAGACAACCGAGGCCGCCCUCAACGUCAGGAUCUCGACCAAAGUCGGCUCGGUCUUCGGCGAGACCGCCCAAUCAGGCAUGGAUCUCUAACUGGAACGGGCCCAUGUAGGCGUCGACCUGUUGCAAUAUUUAGUAUUGUUUCUAGCAGAUUAUGUUUAUGGUUAAUUAACUGAUUAAUAAUUAAUUUAUAGCAGCUUUUGCUCAGAGUCAAUUAAUGUAGAGUCUUUCACAAGGAGCAUACCUAGCUUGGGAUAGCAAUGAAUUUUGGUUUUAAUCAUCAGGAAAAAAAUUCCAGCCCAAAUAUUUAUAUUCUUAAUCUGUAUCGGCUAGAAUUGUUAACUGCCCAAAAAGCUGUCCCCAAAAUCUGAUUACAUCAUUAUUUCAGUUAUAGCAUAACCGUUAUGAUAUUAAUGCAUAUUCUCAGUGUCCGCCGACAGUGUUAGCUAUAUUUUUGCUUUCGUUUUAAUAAUUAUAAGACAGUAUUGUUAAAAGUGAAAUGAGAGUACAAUGUUAUUUUGUUUUGGUUAUCCGGUAGUCAGGGUGUAGUUAGGUUCCAUUCCAGCCGACAGACAGAACACCAUAGGCAAAAUUGUCCGACUCUGUCGUUUAUGUUUUCUAAUGCUAGAAAUAACCUUUUUUAUUGGAAUAUGACAACAAACUAGAUCAUAACGUAGAAUAAGUGUUAAUAAUCUGCAAUGUGCCGUGAAUUUAAUUUUAAAUAGACCUAUUAAUUUUGUGAUAAUUAGUGUUUUUGUAUCAAGAAAGAAAUGCGGCUGGUUCGCAAGACCAACUCGAUUUGCCUGCUUUGCAAUUGCUCAUGUGUGUGCACUUGAAUAAUGUAUUCCUCCUUAACCUAUUUCUUUUGUGAUCUUCGUGUAUAUUUUGGUCAAUUUGUACAUUAUACAGCACAGUGUUUGAUCCAAAGCUUUGAAUUUUAUGAAUGGAAUAAAUCAAUUGCAACAAAAAA